AUCCUUUGAAAAGUGGCAAAGUGGUAACCUGUAAGUGUUCGGUUCAAUAGCGAGAGCCUUCCCGGAAAAUGGAAGAAAAUGUCCGGUAAUCCCUUGGCAACCGCACACCGCACCAUCGACCCCGGUCAAUGGAUAAACCGAACGUGCAAGCUUUAUUAAUUAACUAGCGAAAGGAUUACUAAUUAGUGAUUGACAAAGCAAAGCAGAAAACACGGGGAAAGAGCGAGAAAGCCCCAUCCUUGCUGCAAAACAAACAGCCCCGUGCUGCGAUUGAUUCCGAACCAAAGCUGGACAAGCCAAAAAGCAAUCAUGCAGGCAACGGACAUUACCGCAUAUCACACCGCUUACAACUACACCCUCAAUCAGUCGGACGUACGGAUUGUGUUGGAGGAUGAAAAUCUGUACAAAGUCCCGAUUGGCCUGCUGGUGCUGCUGUCCCUGUUUUACGGCACCAUCAGCAUACUGGCGGUGAUAGGCAACUCGCUCGUCAUCUGGAUCGUCCUCACCACCAAGCAGAUGCAGACGAUCACGAACAUGUUCAUCGCCAAUUUGGCGCUGGCCGACGUCACCAUUGGCGUGUUUGCCAUCCCGUUCCAGUUCCAGGCGGCCCUGCUCCAGCGCUGGAAUCUGCCCGAGUUUAUGUGCCCGUUCUGCCCGUUCGUGCAGCUGAUCAGCGUGAACGUGUCGGUCUUCACGCUGACGGCCAUCGCGGUGGAUCGGCACCGGGCCAUCAUUAAUCCGCUCAGAGCUCGGACGUCGAAAAACAUCUCCAAGUUUGUCAUCAGCACCAUAUGGAUGCUGUCCUUUGCGCUGGCCGCACCGAUCCUGUUUGCGCUGCGAGUACGCCCAGUGUCCUACAUUGCGCUCGGCGGCAUGAACGAAACGUACACAAACAUUACCGUCCCGUUCUGUAAGGUGGUCAACUUUGAGCAUGGGGAAAUUCAGCUCUACCGGUACGUGCUCGUGCUGGUGCAGUACUUUGUGCCGCUGUUCGUCAUCAGCUUCGUUUACAUACAGAUGGCCCUGCGGCUGUGGGGCUCCAAGACGCCCGGCAAUGCGCAGGACUCGCGUGACAUUACGAUGCUGAAGAACAAGAAGAAGGUUAUCAAAAUGCUGAUUAUCGUGGUGGCACUGUUCGGCGUCUGCUGGUUUCCGCUGCAGCUGUACAACAUCCUGCACGUGACGUGGCCGGAAAUCAAUGAAUAUCGCUUUAUCAACAUCAUUUGGUUCGUGUGCGAUUGGCUUGCGAUGAGCAACAGCUGCUACAAUCCGUUUAUCUACGGCAUUUAUAACGAAAAGUUUAAGCGCGAGUUCCGCAAACGCUACCCGUUCAAGCGCGACCAAACGUACAACCACAACCACGAGUCGGACAAAACGUCAUCGAUUUUUACGCGCGUCAGCUCGGUCCGGUCGACGUACGCCACCUCCUCGAUACGGAACAAGCUGAGCACGAACCGGUACUCGGGAUCGAAGCAGCUGCCGGCACAGUUCAAAUUUCCACCCGCUGGGCAUCACUUUCCGCACCACCCCGUGGGCGGUGGCCAUCUGCACGAGCUGUCCUUCGGCGGGCCAAGGAAAGGUGCCGGUGAGGGUUUGAGCGUCACUAGCGGUACCGUUACGACCAACUUUGGGCAAAACCGGCCCCCCAGCUGGGAGCAACGGAUGGAAGAACCACGGCAGAACGAGCACGAUAAGCUGAUUGUAUCUUCCGCUGCCAGCCUAGAUCAGCAGCUAGCGUCACGUCAGCUCACCGAAGACAGUGUCGGUCCGUCCGAUGGCAUCGGAAGCCGGAUAGGAGCGGCCAGACGGAACGGGUCCGCGCGAGAAUCCACCAGCACCGUCCGGAUGGCGCUGAACCAUCCCCACCCGGACAGUGGUGGCGAGAGUGGUGGGGACGGUGAGCCUAAUCGAGCACAUUCGAACGGUACAGCUGACGCCAAGGGUGGUCAUUUGUACUGUAAUGAUUUGGAGCAGCUCGGCCCGUACUUUGACUGAGCGGACUGAGCCAAUUGGAGAGAAAUAGAGAAAGAGGGAGAAAAAACUUACAUUGUAAAAUCGAUCGUUUUAUUGAUACUUUAAGUACAAAACGAGCAAUGUGUAUUAACUGUGAGCUGUUUGCAUUUAAACGAGUUUAAAUAAAGCUAAGAUUCCACACAA